AUGGACGUACCUGAGGUCAUCAAGAUUCCUGGUCCACUACCACCUAAGGCCACAGAAGAAGAACGUGACACUUUGAGAAAGUGGCAUGAAGAUGACAUGCAAGCCAAGUGCUACAUGGUUGCUUCAAUGACUAACCAAUUACAGAAGCAGCAUGAGAAAAUGCAAACUUCUUUUGAAAUACUGAGUCACCUUCAAGAGAUGUUUGGUGAAAAUAGUAGGUUGGCUAGAUAUGAGAUAUCUAAACUACUAUUCAGGAUGAAGAUGCAUGAAGGCCAGGAUGUGGCAGAACAUGUCCAUAUUAUGAUCCUGCUUAUAGAGCAGUUGGAGGCAUAG